CGAACGCCGAGCGUGGGAGACAGACACGUGGCGAGAGACACACGGAGAGAGACACGCGGAGAGAGACAGGAGAGACACACACACGAGGGAGAUAGACACGUGGCGAGAGACACACGAAGAGAGACACGCGGAGAGAGACACACGGAGAGAGACACGCGGAGAGACACACACACGAGGGAGGUAGACACGUGAAGACAGAAGAGAGACACACGAGGGAGAGACAGGAGAGAGACACACACACACGAGGGAGAGACAAACACACACUGGAGAGGCAGAGGAGAGAUACACGGAGAGAGACACACGAGGGAGAGACAGGAGAGAGACACACACGAGGGAGAGAAACACAGGCGAGCGACACAGAAAUUAGUUUUGAAGAUAAAUUUCACGGGUCACGGGGCCUCAACGCCUGCAUGAAGCUCAACCACACCACGUAUGAACCAGACUACAAGGCCAUCAGCAAAACCACGCGGCACCAGAAGUCGCAUUAAAACGUUUGGGGCUGCGGACAUACAUGGAGGCUCGCGUCCGUCAGGCGUUGGAGGCUGCCCGGCGUAACAGAGAUUCAAGCACUCUACUGAAAGGCUAUGAGAUUCUGGUCACUGCCACUACGGAAGGCCAGACAGAGGGAAUCUGCCUGGCCCCAGACCUCUUUGUGAUAUGUGCUGAGCUUGCAAUAGAGAAUGAGCUGCUGGGUGUGGGUGAGGAGUGCGUGCGCCGGUUCCUGCAGACAGCGCCGGCCCUCGGCCCCCUGCUCGUGCGCAUCGUGCUGUGCCAGGCCCAGCUCAACGGAGUGCUGAGCCCCGACCGGCCUGAGCAGCUGACUGAAUCAAUGCUCUACUACGUCAAAGCUGCACAUUUGGCAAAGCAGGACCCCAGACUGGUGCCUAUGCUGUACCGCAUCAGCGUGCUGUGGUGGCGCUCAGUGCAGCCCUGCUGGGUGUCUGGGCUGCGCGGAUACCUCGCUGGUGCUUUGUCCGCCCUCGUACCAGCUCUGGGAGAUUGGGAGGACACAGACCCCGUGUGGACAGCAGAGCUCAUGAUCUGCCUGGUUGAGUCUCUACUGGAUGCAGGGAGAAGUAAGGAGGCUGCGAGUGCCGCUCUCCGUGCAGCCCAGUAUACACGCACACGUGCGUCGCACUUCCUUCCACACGUGCUGGCUCUGCAGGUGAGACAUAGGCUUCUCGACUCGGCUAAGGCUGCGAAGGAAGCCGCCUCCUCUCCACGCCUCAAGGCACUGGUCCAAAUGCAGCGCAUGAAGGCGCAACUGGAAUCUGGUGAGAGCCCAGCCGACAUCAACGCUCAGCUCAAGCAGAUCCUCAAGCUGCUCGCGUCCUGCGACUACGCGCCACCCUCCCAUCACUCGGGGCCUGUCGUGCCAACCGCCCUCGCUACACCCUCUCACAAUGACAGCCCGCCACAGCCCGACUGCUCCCCGGAGCCAAGCGCCAGCUGUCCCAGCAGCCUCGCGACGACCCUGGGGGACAGCCCCAUGCCCACACACAGGGGCAUUACCAGUCGCGGCUGCAGUGACGGCGGCGGCGUGGCUGGCAACGAUGAGGCUGUGGGUGGGCAGGAGUCACCAGGCACAAAACGGGAGCUUGCGAGGCUAGCCGGGGCACAGCGGUUCGAGUUUAAGGCGGCGGCAGCAUCCACCACAGGACCCGUGCUGGCACACACACCCUCGCGCGCCCGCGCAACCAAGCACACAGCCGUGCUCAACUCCGUGCAGCUGCCUGACUUCUCGCCCGCAUGGCCCUCCAGCGACAACUGGGGCUCAGGUGUGGAGGAGGAAGAAGGGCAGGAGGAGGAGAAAAUUAUUCCUGCUGCAUGCAGGCCGCCAGGCAGUCGGGCCAGCAGGUCCGGGGAGAAUAGAAGUGAAAAAAUUGUAGAGCAGUGUGAUGAGAAAGUUUCAGACAGACGUGCGAAGGAAGAGGAUCAGCGAACAGAUGCAGCAGAUUCACCACGUGAUGCGUCUAUGCUCGUGCUGGAAGUACCUGAGAGGAUGCCACUCCCUCCAGAGGACCUCUCCUAUGACAAGCUGUCAUUGCUGCUGGAGCUGGCCCAGCUCUGCCUGGAUCAACAGCAGCUGCCUCUGGCUUCCCAGUGCCUAAUGGCUAUUGAGGCGUGCAGGCCAGCCGGUACUGUGCUACUGCGUGUGGAGUGUGUGCGAGCACAGCUCUCCGUGUCCAUGCUGGGAGAUGACCUGAGCCACCGUUCAGUGCAGGUGCGCUUGGCGGCCGUGCAGCGCCUGCAAGCCGUGCUGCAGAGUGGCGUGGAGGGGCGCUGUGCCCCGGGGGCUGCCGCAUCCUCCUCCGAUGCUGCCCGGGUGACGCAGGAGCUGAGCGCAGCGCUUUGGAACCUCUCUGUGCCGCUGCUUGGCCUCCCCAGCAUGCCCUCUCGUGUGUGCGGGGCCCUUGUAAUUGCCGCGCGGCGCCUGCAGGAGGCCCAGAGCCCCCUGCACGACCUGCGCUGGCAGCUACACUGGGCGCUGGCAGAGAUGGAGCAGGACCAAGUAGUGCGUGGCUCUGGCUCCGCAGAGCGCCACCUGCUGGAGGCGGAACGUCUGGCUCCGAGCGCCGGCCACAGAGACCGUGCCCGUGCCGCCCUGCAGCGCCAUCGCCACCGCUGUGCGGCAAACUCCCUCCCAUCUUCCUCCAUCGAGGAGGCAGCCACUAUAAUCUACCAGAUGGCGGGGAUUACUGUCCUGCCUAGCGGCGCUCGUGCUCUGCUCAUCAAGGCAGGGAGAGCUCUGGCUCCUGACACUUUCAUGCAAGUGCUGGAGGCCGAGAAUCCUCACAGAGCGGAGUGCAGUGAUGGACCGUUGGCUGAGCAGGCACGCCUGCAUGCUCAGGCAUCUAUCAGGGCAGCGAGUCACUUGCUCACCAUCGGCCCCGAUCGUGAGAGGGACCGUGUUCACCUGUGGGCAGAGCUGGCCGCGCUGUGUGUGCGUCACAACGUGUGGGACGUGAGCCGCGUCGCCACACGCUUCUGCCUCCUCUAUGACGACGGGCGGUGGCGUGCCCAGCUGCCUGAGAAAGAAAGCAAUGGACCCCAAUCAAAGCCACAACCACAGUCCAAGCAGCAGCAAGCACCACAAUCACAGCAGCAGGAGCAACAGCUCCGCUUAGACCCUCAGCCCCAGCAGCAACAGCGGGUGGCGGAGGUGGCGUCGGGGCAGCAGCAGUCUGUGCUAUCCGCUCAGUCCGAUCGCGAGGUGCUCACCUCACUAGCCAACAUCAACUUCAUGUGUGCAGAGGCCACGGCUGAGUUACUGAGGAGAGAAGGAGUGGGGUUGUAUGAGGUUCCUCCUCUACCUGCCCAGUACGUGGUCCCUGGGCCCCCUCCAGGGCACGAGGGCCUCCCACCAGACCAGCAGAGCUCCCCACCAGACCAACUGACCGACUGGAAGACAUACACCGACUGGCUGCAUGAGCUGUCAGAGCGCGUGAUUGGCCGCCUGCUGCGGGGGGCGGAGUUGGGCGCAGAGCUGGGCGACGUUGCUGUGGUGAUGGGAGCAGUUGUGCGGCUCUGGAACCACGUGGCUCCGCUGGUGGCGUCCGGGAGAGAGGGCGAUGUGCUGGACCAGCUCACCACCGGCCUGAACGUGCUCAGGGAGACGCACACACACAGUGACCCUGAGCUGUUGGGGCUGCUCUGUGCCGCUGUGGCACGAGGGAUGUGCUCCACCUGGCUGCCCCCAGCACCCCCGGUGCCCCCCGUGCCCCCCGUGUCCUCCGCAGCAACCAGGAAGCAGCAACAGGGGGGCAACAAGCAACAGGGAGGGGGCCCUGCAAUCAGUCCUGAGGUCUUGAUUCAGCUGAAGAAAGCCCUGGAGGUGUGCGAGUUUGGGCUGCAGAUGACGAGUGUGUCUCCGGAGGGCUCGGCCUCUCGGCAACUGCUGUCAGCCUGGGCCAGAAUCAAACUGGGACUUCAGCAGCCACCUGUGCUCCCUCCCAUACAGGGUGGUAGUCCAGUGAUGCGCGUUCUACUUGCUCUGGAGGCCCACAGCCUCAGCCCGUGUGGACUCGCCCCCCCACCCUGCCCCUCCCUCACUGAGGUGAGCGAUCAGGCCGCCUCCUGUGAGUGGACGCAGCCUCUGGUGGAGCUGCAGUUGUGGACCCGCAUCUCUACCCUGGCUCUGACCAAUCAGCACGAGGCCCUCGCCCUGCAGGCCUCCCACAAUGCCCUGCGGCUCCAAGGGGCCAACGUCACCGGGCAACGGUGCCGACUUCUUAAGGGAGACAAGCAGCAGGAGAAGUGGCGCUUGCUGAGUGUCGCGGCAGCUGUGCAGGGUCAGGCGGUGGCACGCCGGCACGGCCGUGGGAGCCUUGCGCUCACACUCGCCACCGACGGCUUCCUGCAGUCCGCCCGGUUUGGGGAACAAGCGGGCAGUGUGGCGCUGGUGCUGCAGGCUGUGCGGCACAUGUGGAAUGUCUGUGCUUCGGUGGCCCCGUGCCCUUUGGGCCGAGCGCCACUCCGUGCUCCUCUCAUCGCCCUCCUCACCAUCGUCAACAACUCCUGCGGCUCCCAGCGGCUUCGUCAGCAGUGUGACGUGAAGCCAUCAGAAACGUCCCAGUGUGAGGAGAAAGGGGAGGAGGAGAGAAUGCCAGGCGGCGCUGCUUGGGGAGAGGAGGCACUGGCAGCAUGGACGCGGCUCGCACUGCUGAUGAGUCAGAUUCACGAGGACACGGGAGAUCUCGGCUCUGCCAUGGCGACCGUCAACCACGCGCUGUCCUCCACGCCGCGCGGAAACCACCGCCUGCCUCUCUACCGCCGCCGCGUGUGGCUGAAGGCGCGACUUGGACAGGCUCUGGAGCUGGAAUCUGCGCGUUUCCACGAGGGCGGUGAGCGGGCAUGCGCCCGUGCGUGGCUGUCGCUGGCGCUCGUUCAUCCGCACCCUGCGCAGCAGCUUCUGUGCUACCGCCAUGCCCUCCUCGCCCUGCAGUCCCCCGAGUGUGUGCAUCUGCGCGUGCUGGUGCUGAGGGAGCUGUCGCGUUGGGCGCUGGCUCAAGGCUCCUCGUGCCAGGACGCAGUGACGCUGCUCACUCACGCUGGAAAUAAUCUCAUCAUGAUGCAUCGAGGAGACACGUGUGGGCGACCAAACACGGGCACGGAUGAAGCUGCCACACAUGUGCACACACAUGGCAAUGUGAGUAGCUGGGCACGUGCCUGGCGGGAGAAAGCCCGCGUGCAAGACCUCGACUCGCUGGCGCAGCUGCUGGUGGAUGGCUGCACGGUGCUGGGGAGGUGCCAUGGGGGCCAUGCUCGCCCCCUGAUGCACGGGCCCCUGUCUGCAUUCGCAUGCGUCAUGCGCAUGUGGGAGCUGCUGUUGGAGAUGCCCACCGCUGCCGCCGCGCCCACAGAGAAAAGCGAUGGUGUAAAGGGCAAACAUAAGGACAAGAGAGAUGACAGCGGGAAAGAGAGACACAAGGACAAGAAGACUCCCUCGGGGUCUGCCAAGCGGAGCAAAGCUGCUGCUCCCACACGUGGGGAUGCCCCUCGUCGCAAGGGCAGCCCUGCCCCACUGCCCUGCAGCCUCCACGGCUGGGCAGCGCCCGAGUGGAGCGAGGAGACUCGAGCUGCCCUGGCCGCCGCCCUCCUCAGCGACGACAGCUUCCCCGAGCCGGACGUCACUGUGGAUUCUCUCGGCGAUCUGGCCCAGCUGCUCUGUGAGCUGCAUUGCCCCUUGCUGGCUCUGCCAGUGCUACAGCUGGCGCUCGCCUUGUGCACGAGCGAGAGGGGCAACGCUGGGCUGGGGCAACUCUACAGCUUACGCUUGGCCGAACUGUGCACUCAGUUAAACAUGCACGAUACUGCCCGGUCUCACCUGAAGGCCGUGGGCUCUGUUCCAAUACCUCUGGAAGAAUUGGCCAGCUGUCGUGAAGAAGUGGAAAUGAGGAAGCUGGGAGCUGCAGGCACUAGAGGCAGCUCACACAGCUUCUCACCGGUGUGCAAGGGCGGGCAUUCGGCUGUGUCCUGUCUCCCUGUGUGGUUGGACAAGGCAGAGGUGCUCGUUCGGCUGGGGCUCACGCAGCCUGCACACUUCCUGCUGGCUGAAAUACGUACCACCGCCCAGGUGCUGGGUGAGCAACGCAGUCUGGGCCGAUGUCUCUGCCUCCUGGCCCAGCUCUCCCUUGGCGAAGGAUACCCCGGGGGGGCUGGCGGGGUUUUGGAGGUGGCGGGGGCCACCCGCGGCGGGGCUAGGCCUCUCCUGGAGGCAGCCCAGGAGGUGUGCGGGAACAUGGCGCAUGUCGGGAACGUGGCCAUGACCCGAGCCGAGAGCCUCGUACAGAGCGCAGGGCCGCACUCACAGCGCCAGGCGUGUCGGGUUCUGGGCCGGGCAGUGCGUGCUCUCCAUGCCGCGUGUGAGCGAUGCCCCAGCCAGGAGCAGCACCUCGGGCCCAUGGUAGCCUCUCUGCAGUACAGGAUGGUGUCCGUGCUGAUGCAGGCCGUGCGUUCACACUGCGAGACUGGCAAGGAGCACGGACCUCAGUGGGACCCCUAUGAGGGGACCCACAUGGACGCGUGGGGUCGGCCUCCCUGGGAGGACUUCUGCCCGUUCACUGACGGCGAGACACGGGAGCUGCAAUUUGUGCUGAGCAGUCUGCGUAGGGCCGGCGAGGCGCUGGCGCGAUCUGCGGAGACGCUGAUUCAGAGCGGGGAGCAGCACCAUUCGGCACAUGCCCUCAUGCAAGCCGCAUGGGCACUCGGGAUGCAGGCAAGGUGCAGUAGGGAUGAGGAAGUGGUGAGGCAGAGCCUGCUGGAGGCCUGGGGCCUGGGUCGCCGUGCAGUGCUCACAAUGGAGCGUAGCUUCCGAGAGACGCAGACCCUAAUGCCAGCUUUACACAGUGCACAGGCGCUGCCCGCGUGCUGCCUGGCCUCCGUGAAGCUGCAGCUGGUGCAGCUGCUUCAGCUGGGCAUGGAGGAGCGCGAGCGUUCGGAGCGGGCAGAGCGAGCCCACGCGGCUGGGCGUUCUGCCCUGCAGCGCCGCGUGGAGCGCCACCUUGACACGUUACUGCGGGAGCAGCGCUCGCCAGCGGAGCGGCACGUGCUGUGGAGCAGCACCCUGCGCUCCCUGCCGCAGACGGCACUGACGCAGCUCUCGUCUGCGCUGCUGCUGCUGAGUCGAGGCCCUAAUGAGGACCCUAACGGAACCCAGGGGGAACUGGGGACCCCCAGGGGACGAGUGGCUCUGCUCUCCGCUCACUGCUUGGGCUGUCUUUCCAGGCUGCAGGAGCCACAGUGGCAGGAGAACUGGGGGGAUACGGAGCCAGAGCUCAUGGAGGAAGACGAUGGCUCCACAGAACUGACUUUUCUAUCAUCACCAACACCACCGGUUCUCCACAUGCAGGCUGAGCUGUCUCUCCCACAAGCUCAGCUGUGUCAGUCUGUGGAGCUGAUGAGUCAGGCACUGGGCGUUGCUCUGCGGGAAGGUGACCUCCACACAGCGUCGAGUGCUGCGCUCGCCCUCACGGAUGCCAUGGGGCCCUCGCAGCCACGGGCAGCAGCACAAUACCUGGCGCUGUUCCAGAGCUGUGUGGCAAGCCGGGCUCUGGCCGUGGUACUGAGGCGCGUGGCCGGGGCAGCCGGGAGCUCACGUGCGGCCGCCUGCCUCCGCACAGCCACGCGGGACCGUGGACAGGCUGGAUGCUGCUGCCCCCUCACUCCUCCUGUUGCUGCUGCUACUACUGCCCCCACAGGCAGCGCCGCCGCCACGCAUGCCCUGAAGCAGACGGUGUGGCGAUAUCUUGCAGUUUCGACACAGCACCUGGUGCUGAUCAAUGAGCUUCCUCCAAAUCUAGACAUCGUCAUUCUGCAGCACUCCCUAGACAGACGCUACCUCUAUGGAGCUGUGCUGGACAAGCCGGGCUCUUGUGUGGGAGACAAGAAGAAGAUGGAGAAACUUGGAGGCAGCCAGCAGCUAGCGUCUCGAACGCGUGUGGCUCGAAUACAGGUCAAGGCUACGGAGUUGGACUCACUCCUGUGCAGCACACGGGAGCACAGGGAGAGAGCGCAGCAGAGUUAUCUGCAGCAGGAGAAGAGAGAGACCCACACAAUUUCAGAUGAUGACAGGCAGCUGCAAGAGGGUCUGGAGGCCAUCGUGGGUCAAACCGAGCAAUACCUGCAGCCAGUGCUGGCCCAACUGGGAGUGUCUGCACUCGGGCUUAUGGACCCUGUAGGGGCGGCUGUGAGCGCUCGCUGUCGAGGUGGAGAAAAAUCAACCAGAGCCAGCGCUGAGCAAGCUGCUGCCCCAGCUGCCCCCCACCUCAUCAUCCUCGCUGAUCUGCAUCUCAUGCAGCUACCCUUGGAGCUGCUGCCCGGGGUGGUGGGUCGCCCCGAGCUGUCUCCAUUUCCUGGCCGCACCCCCAGCGCUGAGAACCCCAUGGCUGACAUGGAGCCUCCUAAGACCCUACAGCUCCAGCCCCCACCACGCUCCAUGAGCCGGGAUUUCUCCUUGCAGAUCCUGCACGGCCGCUGGGUUCGUGCAGCCUGCGGUAGUGAGGAGAAGGGGGAGGAAAAGCCUGGGAAGGAAGAGAAGGCAAGAAGCGUGCGCAAGCGUAAUCCGGUCUCUGUAAGUCAACCCGUGCCGCCUCACUGCAGCAUUGUGGAAGGGCAAGGGCUCAAGUAUAUUAUCGACCCACAUGGACACACACGGGAGGCAGGCAGCAAUGUGGCACAUGUGUGGACUCGCAUCGUGGACUCGUCGUGCGCCCUCACGUCGCGAUGGGAGGGGCUCGCCCCCUCAACAGGGCCCCCUAACGCUGCCCAGUGUGAGCGACUCGUUUCUGCAGCGAGCGCGCUGCUCCUCUGUGCUCCCAAGCGUUUCCUCUCCUUCCUCGCUCCGGAGAAACUCACCUCGCUGAGCCUCAACAAGAGCCCUCUCGUGCUGCUUCUGGAUCAGACACUGGUGGGCAGUACGGCUUUCAACCCUGACAGCACGCUCGCCCUGGAGAGGGAGCGGGCCCUGGGGCUGCCAGGACCAUUGCUGGGAGCCAUAAUGUUGAGCCUGGCUGGGGCCCGUGCUGUGCUGGCUCCACUGUGGCCUGGCAAAGCUGGAGGGAUCGGUGCCCUUGAACGAGUUUGUGAAGCACUGUUGGUGCGGGGGAUGUGUUGUGGUCAAGUGCCUCAGCUCCAGGCUGGGUCCCCACUCAGCGGUGACGCAGGCGGCCCCUCUCGUCCUUCCACGCCCAGCGCCAUCUCGGGGAGUUGCUGGUCUACAGAAGAGGGCCUGGUUCUCUAUGGGCUGCCCAACGUCGUCAUCAGAUGAAUGUCAAUCAUCUCAGCAUCACUUUUUUCAAUCUUAAGUCGCCAGAUAAGAUACAGCUUCAAUGUCAUAAUCACCAUAUUACUAAUACUAUGUUUACCCAAAGAAGCCUCACUGAGUCUCAAGACUCUUUUUAGGAGGGUCCUGACAAGUGUGUAAAGUAGGGACCGAUGUUGCUAUGUAUAAUCUCAAUUGAGUGAUUUCCAGACAACCCAGAGGAAACCCAUGCAGAACAGGGGUAGAACGUACAGACUCCAUUCAGAAAGGCCUCUGAGUCUGGAAUUGAACCCAGGUCUUUCCUGCUGUGAGGCAUAAGUGUUCCACUGUUCCACCCUGCCACCCCAAUCAUCCCAAUUUUGCACUACCCUCCUGAGAAAGAGCCUUCAUACUUAGCGAGUCUUUCCUGAGUACACAAGCAAAAUAAUAAUAAUAAAAACAGGUGUUGCAAGUCAUUUCCAUCAAUCAAUGCCAGGUCACACCAUCCACUUGCAUUGCAAGACAAAAAUUCCACUUACAGCCUUUCACAGACUGUUGAGGCAAGUGCUGUGAGUGAGCACCUAUAAAGGCUGGUACAGCAGAAGAGGGGUGGGGUGGCCAACACCACGCCCGGCCACCUUUGUCUCCCCAGUGGUGAUGUUUACACACCGCAGCAGGUACUCAUUUGAUGCUGAGUUGACCUAGAGGAGGCCCAUGACCGGUUUGAAUAAUCGUCACUGGUGUUGGCCGUGAGCAGGAAUCGAACUCGGGUCGCCGGAUUCGUAGCGCAGUGUUGCGCUAAUCGCGACACUGCCGCUCCCCACACUUUACAUUGCAUACACACACACUCCUGUCAUAUCUGGAUAUCUGGACCUCACUGCACUGGAUAGAAUUCAUCACAAAGGAAUUCGGGUGGUUGAUGAUCCAGCACUCACUAACUCAUACCAGGCACUCCCUCACCGAUGAUCAGUCACGUCUUUAUCACACUUCCAUCGAUGCUGUAUUCUGUUUUAUUUUAUUUGUUUCAUUUUGGUGACCCAACUCAAUCUUGCAAAUGAGACUCAUCCUGAUAUCUGGAGUUUUCAUCCGGUUAAACAAAAUAAACUUGAGUUACUCUUACUCAGGUUACUGUUCACGUGAACUCCACUUAUUGAUUUCUCCACCCAUAUUGAAGAUUCUAAUCCACAUUAUACAACCACCACGACACUGCAGGUCACAACAUCACACUCACCCACUCACUCACUCAUUCACUCACCCACCCACUCUCUAGGCAACUCAUCUCACUACAAGUUAAAAUACUUAUCUUUUUGCUUCUUUGGAAUUCCCUCCCAUCGUCUCUUUUCUUCAGGUCUUAUAAUAACCUUGCUUUUUUCAGGAAAUGUGUUAAUUGCCUAUUACAGCAAUAAUUACCUAUUACAGCAAUAAUUACCUAUUAUAUCUUGAUUUGAAGCUUUCGUGACUGCAGGAAUCUAUACUCAUUGGUUCUUUCGGUAAAGUCACGUGGGUCAAAACAUAAUUAUUUCUCUACCUACGUGACUUUACCGAAAUAAGCACAGAGUAUAAUUACCUAUUAUAGCAAUAAUAAUCUAUUACAACAAUAACGUGCUGUUUGUUGCUUGUCGUUUGAUGUUUUGGGAUUUGUGGCCUGUACUCUACAACUUGUGUUUAAAACAACAUACAAACAUGAAUGCACAUGGCGCACACUAAAAAUUGCAUGCUGUGACACAUGUUGCUUAGCUUAAAAGUUUCGUAUAAUAUUGAAAUAAGUAAUGUGAAGAAUACGUCUCCAUUAUCUUUGGGUCUUCCGGUGAAGUCACGUAGAUAGGUUCAAAGAAAAUAACAAAAAACUACGACGUUUCGAUCGCAACACAAGCGGUCAUCAUCAGGAAAAGAGGGGGGUUAGCUUCUAAAGGCAAACUGUUUAUAAAAGUUUGAGAUGGGCUUAGCCCAAAUGUCAGCAACUAAUAUUAAUGUAAGUGGUGGGCAGCAACCACGACGGUGCUUGGUUUUCCACCAAUCAAAGAGCUGCCAGGUGAAAAUUAGCAUACUCUUUGGUUCUUUCGGUAAAGUCACGUAGGUAUAAAAUAAAAUAAAUCACGACGUUUCGGGAGCAACACAAGCGUCCAUCAGGUGGGAAGGCAAAUUAGCAUGUUAAUGGGAGAUCAGUGAGCGGCCUCUACAGCGCGCACACUGAGAUGGCUCUGUUAAUGUGAGAGAUUAGCAUGUUAAUGUUAGAGGUUAGCAUGUUAAUGGGAGAUCGCAGAGCAGCAACCUGGCUGUGUUGGUGUGAACCUGUUAUUGAACAUGUAAUAAAGCUCGUUGAGACGA